AUGUCUUCGGCAGCGACGUACGAUCCAGCCUUUGCCUCAGCAGGCACCUCCCUGGCUCCACUCAUAGCUACCGACGAUGCCAUCAUCUCAGGUCAAGCUGCUCGCGCCAGUAUACCCAACCUCGAGGACCCAUCAAAUUCCACUGCGCUGACUCCACUCCGUGCGCACUACCUUAAAAAGACCCUCAUCCGUCUACAGAUGGAACGAGAAGUAGCUCAACUCAACACCAAGGAUGCUCUCUCCACCUUCGGUCCACCUUUCCGAACGUCACCAGAAGCACGCAGAACAGAUCUACCGCUGCUCCGAUUCAUGUUCCAGCACUUUGUUCUCACCUUCCCUUUCCUCAGGUCAGCACCGCCAAAUUUCUUCUCAGAUAAGGUGCAGGUCUUCUUUGACAAGUUCUUGGAGCGAAAUAUUAGUGGCACAGACGACAGAGACGAAUCGACAAAGCGUAGAAAGCUUUCCAACAAAUUCGAAAAUUACUUUGUGCUGCUACUGGGUUCGGCGAUCAAGGUGAAAGGUAUUGGAGAGGAUGUUGUACGCAUUUCAGAACGCGAUAGGCUCAAGAUGAGUGCAGUCGAGGCGAGACGCAAGGCCGCAUUGGGUAGAGCUGCUGCAUCUCCCAAGCCUCUUGAUGUGCCUUCGGAUGAACGACCUUCCUCUUCGCAUUCAGCCGCAUCUUCUUCGUCGGGCUCGCCUAAUUCCGGCUUCGAUAUCAACGUCGUAUCAGUGCGCAACGUUGUUACGAAAGGAAGGUUGAGAAGUCGAGCGCAUGAAGAGUUUAUCAUUCGCACACGAAGAGGGUAUGGCCAGCCAGAUAUUUAUGUCUCUCGCCGUUACGGCGACUUUGCUAGACUGGCAGAGACACUCAAGGUGGAGUACCCCGACGAAGGCAUCAGGCCACCGCCGCCCAAAGAUCGGACCAACACCGACAUCGCUGACCCGUAUCGCAAGCCGCCUGCUGAUCCUUCGCAACCAUCUGAAAGCGAUGACGGGCACCCAAGAGCUUCGAUCGAUUCCACCAGCUCUCAAGGACGCAUACCGCUGCCGACGGGUCCACUUGCAAGGGAGAAGAACCGGCUUACACUACGCGCCUAUCUCCGGUCACUACUUGGCAGUCCAGCUAUAGCUGAAAGUGCGGUUUUGAUGGACUUCCUCACUGCAGAGCCAACCACCCUUACCCGCGCCGAAGAAGAGGAUGCCGCGAUCCGAGAAGGACUUGACCAUGUCCGCGAGGAAGAACAUAAACGCUUCUCCGACGAAGCCGCCAAACGAGCUCAAGAGCUGCAACAGCACCUCAAAGGGUUCAAGAAGGACUUGGUCCAGCACGAUGGUCUCAGUCGUAUCUUUGCUACUAUCAAGACGACACCUCGCGUCGAAGAUCUACCGGAGAAGUACAAGGCAUUGCUCAAAUGGGCACGCAUCAGUCUCGCAUCGACCAUCUUCCAGAUCUUUAUGGGAAGCGAUAACUCGUCCGAGAUCUUUACGCAGAUGAAGCGGAUGCAUGGUAUGAUGCCUUACUUUAUGCUUCGUGGUAUUCUGCGUAUCUCAAACCCUAUGGCGAUGGUAAGAGGCGUGCUCGACAUUUUCCUCGCUCAACCAUUCGGACAACGCAGUUUGCUACAGCGUAUGUUCUCAAGCAGCUUGCAGGACGAGGUGCGCGAGCUGGACGAAAUUUGUGCUGCUAUCUCUGCCAAAGUUGACGAUCCGGUCAUUUGCGAGAAAGUGCGAUUGUUUGUGUACGCACCUUCCGAGAUCCAAGCUCUGUACCGUCAAGACGCAGAGGAAGAACGCUUGGAUCUGCUCACCACCAUUCUUCGUUCGCAAGAAGCUCUCGCACUCGGUCGAGCGCAGAUUCACCGCGUCGUGGAAGCAAGUCAAGCAUACGAGGUGUACAAAGAGUACCGCCGUGGCCUCAAGAACCCUGACCUCGAAGAUGAAGGUCCGCAAGACGACGAUGCUUGGCUGUACGAGGAUUUGCAUGUCUUGAUCAAGAUGCUUACUCGUAAGCGCGAUAAGGAGCAGCUUAUUUCGUUGAUCUUUGAGGGCGUUACUGCGGAGUUGUUGAAGGACAUGGUUACGAUCUUCUACUCUCCCCUUGCUCAGGUGUACAAACUUGCGAAUAUUGCUGAUAGCUUGUCGGAUCUACAAGCGUUUAUUACGGACUUGAUCAAGACGGUUGAAGCGAAUGAGGAGCUCAGCUAUACCGAUCCCACACGCACAGUACAGGUAUUCGUGGACCUUGUGGAACGACACGAAGGAAGGUUCUACAACUUUGUCCAUCAGGUUCAUUCGAAGGGUUCGGGAUUGUUCGAUGGGUUGAUGCACUGGAUUGAGCUAUUCAUCAACUUUGUUCGUGGGAAUGAAAGGUCUGCUGAGGCUGUCUCGCAGCAGCCUAGUAAGGACUCGGAUGAAGCGUUCAAACAACAGGGCGGGAUUGGAGAGGUAGACCUGGAGAUCUGCCUGCCUGCUGGUGGUGAGGAGCGGAAGAGAGCGUUGGAUGAGAUUGAUGCGCUGGUGCUGUAUGCUUAUCGGCUCAAGUUUGUUCGCGAGCUAAAGCUGAGGAGGAAGCUGGCGGAUCGAGAAGUUGCUGGACUGGCAGGUAAGCUGAUUGGUACAGAGAAGAAGAGGAGAACCGAUGGGCUUAGCGAGGAAGAUGAUAGCGCAUUUGUCGGUGCUAUGGUGGAGAACCUUGGUGUGGGUGAUAUCUUUACCGGAGAAGUGGCGGAUGCAGAAGCAGAAGAGGAGGAACUCGAGACUUCUGAUGAGGACGAGUCUGAAGAUGAGGAAGAUGUGGAUGGAAACGGCCGACCUCGUCUGAGCCGCAACCAGUCUAGCGAUAGUGACGAGACAGCGGAAAGUGAUGAAGCAGCUGCACCACGAUGGAGACCCACUCCUUCUCGCCAGACCACUCUCACUCAAGAAAACCUAAAGACCGUGGAGAAGGACCUCCCAACCCCGCCACAAGCAGCGUCCACAGAGGCGAGUCACGGAGAAAAGGCCCGCAGACGUCGCAAGAUCCCAGCACCGAAAGCACCGGAACUCAAAGUGCUGCCGGAGAUGCUUCCACUAUUCGUGGAGAUGGUCAGGCCUCUGCUUCGGCCAGCCAGGACGGCUAGCGCUUCGAUCUAUCGUUCGAACAGCUAUGAUCCCCAUCAACAGCAGCAGGGGCAGCAGCAGCGCGGAGGCAUCGAUCGAUUGACGACUAAUUUGCAGGGCAUAGACUUGGCAGCGACGUCGAGUCCGACUUCGUAUUUUUCUUCGCCGUUCGCGACUCCAAGGGGCAAUGGCAGUCAGGGUCAACAGGGCGACGAGCGAUUACCGGGAGAGUACAAGUGGUAG